CCGGUUAUUGAAGAUGGCUUCCUCGGCGGAACUUGUUAAGCUUUGUAAAGUGAAGACGAACAGCGUGAAGCGGCUUCACAAAGAGCUGGGUUACUAUGAGAAGGAACGCGACAAGGAACAGGCUCGGGUGGAUAAGAUGAAGGCCGCGGGAGCAGAUAUCAGCGAUGUAAAGCAGGCGGAAAAUGUGCUUCAAGAAUCUGCCAUGAUGAUACCGCAAACUCGCCAACGGCUGGAAGCGGCCUUGGCGGAGCUUCAAUCCUUCGUGGUUGAAAACGUGGAAGACCUUAAGGAGACGGAGGAGCUUCAAGCUGCGAAGGACACGCUCAGCGAGAUAGAGAAGCUGUUCAAGUGAAGGACGCGGCUGGCAUUCCUGAGGCUUAUAAUGGUUGUAAACAGAGGUUUUAGAAGGGGUACAACCUAGCCUGCAGGACAGCUGUAUGGAGUUGCGUUUUUUGUGAAGGCGUGGCACCUGACCGCCCCCGGGUUGUCCACACAGAGAGGGCCUCUUGGUUGCCCCGACUUGGCAAGCACUGAGAUGGCGAUCCAAAGGCCCUAUCCUCCAGUUUUCUGUAGCUUUUGGCUUCUUAGCGUGUGACACAGGUUUACACCUUCCCAAAUGCCCGCCUACACCGAAAAUACAGACUACGACGGUGUUUACG